CAUCCGUUUUGGGUGUUGUUCAAUGACACAAGAAUUUGUGGAAACCUUAAGAACUUUUGAGGAAGCAUUGAAGGACUCUAACAAUGAAGCUAAGCUUUUCCAAACUUCGAAGAGCCUACAAGAGUUUCUAUGUAAACUUAAACCGGAAGGAGGCAUAUCGGAGUCCGAAAUUUGUAGAAAGCUUGCCAAGGAAUUGUUUGCUUUUUUGUCCGGUUUAGAAAGCGAAUUGCGUACAGUCCAUAAAGCGCUGUUUCGAACCUUAUCGGACUUGCUUGACUUUUGUGGAGUCUCACUGGUUGAUGAGCUUCUUAUGGAUGUGAGUGACUCCUUGAAGGGUGCCAUUUCUACUUGGAAAAUAUUCUUGAUUGAAACCGACGAAGAUUUGGAGCUUUUAAGAAGAAAGAUUUUAUCGUAUUGUUCCAAAGUAUCCUCAUAUUGCUUGGUUGCUUUGAAAGGCUCAAGGGAGCAACAACAACAAUUGUUAAAGGAGCUGACCAGUGGAAAAGCUAUUCAUCGUAUUAAUAAGCCCCUCAGAAAGCCCUUUCUUCCACAACUGCAAGUAAAGUAUUCGUCGAAAAGUGACAAUAGACUCUUGAAAGAGAGUAAAGGCUCCACAAAAGAGUUUCAAGUUUUCGAGUUUCAGCGCCUGGCAGUUACUCAGACUGCCAGGAGUAUAUAUCGGAUAUUUUCGGAACUUAAGUCUUAUGAGAAAUUUACAAUUGAAAACAUCUUUUCGUUUCUUAACUUGUCAGCGUCUGAUUUUUGUGAUCAACCAGUUCUUUUUAAUAUAUAUGAGUGUCUCGUAAGCAAUACAGAUGUGUUGAAACUUGAAGUGUCACUUCCAACACAUAUAAUUUCUUACAGCAACAAUACAGCAACAGUUGUGGAAUGUCUGAGUCGACUUAUAUUGCGAGCUAUGAAAAAGUCUCGAGUUUCUUGCAAAGAAUAUCAUCAAAAGUGGCUGCGUUUAUAUGCCAACUGCAUUUUUGAAAGGAAUAAGGACUCUUUUAUGAAUGUUAUAAAAGGGAAUGAACUGAGUUCUGGAGAGAUCUUAAGUCAACUGAUUUAUGGAAAAUGUAGCAUUCAGUUACCUUCAAUCGUUUGCGAAAUAGAAAUGUUGGAAGAUGUUGACAAUCUGAAUAUUUAUAUUGAACAUUUUUGUCAUCUGAUGUGUAAUUAUUUAUCAUCGAACAAAAUAGAUCUGACAGUCUUGCAUCACUUAUUGCUUCUGGGCUUUGUAAAGGAUGCCGAAACCCAAAGGCGGACAACAUUUAAGAAGAAUUUUCGUGAUCAGUUGCAUUCUCAGCUUUAUUGUUUUGAACAAUUUCUAAAGACAUGGCAAUUGGGUUUUCUUCAUAGUCUUCCACAACAAUCCUGCUUAACAAUAUUUCAUGAUAUCGCACGUUUGGACAGUAAGAUCUUCGAUGUGGAAGGUCACUCUUCAUUAGUUAUAGAACGUCUGGCUCUUUUACUUGGAAGCUGUGCGUCAAUUGUUAGGUUGCUUGAGAUAGACUCAAAUAACAAAGCCUUGUCAGAACUGCGAACUCAAAUCACUCAAAAAUGUUUGGUUUUUAGAUCUGCCAAUCUACGCUACUCUUCUUGUAACUAUUUAGCUUCUUGUGGAGCUUUAGAUUCUGGUUUGAGAGAGUCACUGAUAACUGAGUUAUUGCAACUUUUGAAGAUUUCUGACUUGGAGUUAUAUUCGCCUAGUCACAAGAAACUUUCUUCACUGGAAUUUCGACAAUUAUACGGUUCAUUACUAUCUCGUAUAUUAGGUUAUUCAGCAGGAAUUUCCUGUCUAUUACUGCAAGAGAAAGAUGAACAACUCGGUCUCCCAGGUGGACUUUUAGGUCAAAUCUUUUCCGAUGCCGUCGGUCUCUUAAGGCCCCACAUUCUUUCGAAAGUUUCUCUACCUCAAACGGCAGAAUCUAUUCGACGUCGCGCUGGUUGGAUACUCAUUGCAUCUUUAAUGAAAACCAGAGUUGCGCGAUUUCUGGAGUCAUCCCACCUCACUAGAUUAUUGUAUUUUUGGCAGACUGAAUUAUCGUUUUUGAGAAACGUCGUUGAAGUGAACAAAACUCGUCAGUUAGCUAUCAGUUCACAAAUUAAUCCACAAGUCGAGUUUUCUGCACAAGAAGCUUCAUUAGCUGCUGCAAGGUUAGCAUCAUUGGGAGCUCUGUAUUACCUCUUGGGAGCCAUUGAACCCAGAGAACGUCCUGCAAAUUUUGAUAGUAUCAUUUCAGUACUAAUAAGUGCAUGUGCUGUUCGUGUGGCAGAAGUUUGGCAAGCCCUGCAAAGAGAUGAAAAUUCCUCUAGGAGUACCGGGAGUAAUAUGCGUCGACUGUUUUCUCUUUGUGAAGUGUUUUGGUUGUCGAGAUGUGGUUUGUACCUUCAUCACAACAAAUUGUCUGUAGAUACAUGCCUUCGUGUCUGUCUAGCUAUUGUGCAUUCUCAUGGAAGGAAAGUGACUCCUGAAAUUGUCCAAGUUUCGGAAGAAUGCAAUGACUACUUUCAAUUGAUCUCCUUUUUCGGAUCACUUGGUGCUGAGUUACCAAGUCAGUUCGCUCAACUUGAAACUGCAAUAGAUUGUUCAGCCACGCUUCUAACAGCUGAAGAAGGGAAACAUCCAGUUUGGAUCGAAUUAAGCUUCCCAAUAUCCACAAAAGAUUAUAUUCUUUCUCCCUUGAUUGGAUCGAAAUUUGGAUAUAAAUAUGCUUCAGAAUUUCGUAAUCAAAAGCAGGCAUUAGAUGGCUGGUGUUUGUCUCGUCUUCAGGCAUCACUUUGGGUGGCAUUAGAUGUUUCUCUCUACCAGAGACUUGAAGAACUACAGAUCAGUCCAUGGCAUGUUUGCUUGGAACAGCAGGAAAUAUCGGCGACUCUAUUUUAUAUUUCUAAUGCAUUUGUGGAGUUGGGGAAGAAGGGUGACACUCAAUUAAGACAUGACUUGAUAAUGAACCUAUGUCGGUUAUCUGAAGAAAAAGCCAAUGAAUCCAGCUCUGCUCCUUGCUUAUAUGCAAUUUGGCGUCAGUGUAUAUGCGUGAUGUCUUUAUCUCUGCUUUGUUCGGAUGAAAAUGUUCCUGUUGAUGAAGCUGAUAGAAUACUUGUUAAAGAUGCCAUCUAUAAUGUUUUAGAUUCUCCUGACGUGAAUUCUUCGUUUGCAGGUGUCUUCGCCGCGAUGGAGGCCGCGUCACUUUUUGCAAAUGAACCAAACAAAUUUUUAAGCAAAAUUUUUAAUAUAUGGAAAUGUGGAAUGGAAGGUUUUUCAUUUUCACAUAUCCGAGUUGCAGUUUAUCGAUGGAUGGAUUUGUUUUCUGCCAGCUUCUGGCAUGCUUAUCACUUUAUGGAAGGGGAUUGUCUACUUUCCAUAUGUACUUUGAAAAUAUUGAAUGAGUGCGUGAAAAAAUGGUUUCCAACAUGGCUUAACGACAAUGACAACGAGAUGUUGACAAUCUGCGAAAUUAUCCUUUGGAAUUGUGCAAAUUGGAACUGCACCAUUUUGAACUCUCUCAUAUUGGAUAUUUGUUCUUGGAUAUGGAAUUGGAUGGAAACGGAUGCCUCGCAUGAUACGAAUCAAAAGAAUUUAGUUCGUAGCGUCAUUCCUCUGAAUAAUGAAAUAUCAAUUGUCGCCAAUAUUCUAACACUAUUGGAGUCUUUAUGUCGAGGAACACAGACAGGCCAUGGUUUUAUUUUGAAGCAUGCCAUUCGGACACUUUCCUUGAUGUGUGAGAGGAUGGAUUCCGAGCAUCUUUUGCGAAUUUUUCCUUCACUUCCACACUUAUUAAUUGAGAUAAUGGACCUCUACGAUGACUAUGCAUUAGAGACCAAUUCCCUCCUAAAGAAAUUGGCUUUAGGAGGCCUCGGUGACUUCUGGUUUACUAUAUUCUUCACAUCAUUUCGAGGUGGUUCGAAACAAUUGAUUUCUUUGGAACAAAAAGGUGCUGAGAAAAGAAAUGAAAAUGAUACUCGCCUUGAAAAUGCUUUGGAAAGUGGUUUGUUUAGUGACAUUGAUGAAAUGAAGUUUUGGCAGUUGAAAGGACGAACAAGAGAUUUGCUGAUGGACUCGGCUUGUUAUAUAUUAAAGGAAGGCAAUGCUCCCUUAAAUUUCCUUCUUUCCAAUUCAAUUCAACUUAUUUUGGCUUCUUGCCAAAGUUUAAGGAUGGCCUCUAUUAUUGAAGCGUUUCAGUUAGUUCGAGUUAUGAGAGAGAAAUUAACCACCGGGAGCGAGAAUCCCUCUCAAGGUGCGUUGUUGCAGCUCUUCUCCAGUAUUCGUUCCAUUCUGAAUCCUCAGCAUCACCCAAUGAUUGUUGUGGCAGCAGCGCAAGCUGCCGUGGAAAUAAGUUUAUGGAAUCCAUCUGUCAACGAUGAAUUGAUAGAAAUCAUGGUUCCUCAAGAAAGAAGGAAUCAGUUGCCCAAUUAUUGGCAAUAUGAACGUUGGUCGGAACCAGUGGGAGUAGUAACAAUGUUUGCGAUGCUUCAUUUUGCAAGUGAAUGGUAUUACAAUCGGAGCUUAUCCAAUUUGUCAAAUUUUCCUUUUCAUUCUUGUAUCGUCCUACGUCCAUAUGUAUUGGCUGUAAUCGGAGACUUUUCAUUUGUUCUUAAUGGACAUUCGUGGAUGCUUGAGAAAUGGGGUUGUUCUAUAGGUAGUGAUGGAGUCUAUCGAGAUAAGUUAUCCGAAGUAUUUUGGAAACAUGGAACAAGUUUUAUUCGUAAUAUGAUUAUGGUCCUAAAGCUUAGUUUGUUAGAGGGCAACGAUGAGUUCCGAGUUUCCUGGAGACAAAGAAAUUCUCCUGGAGUCCAAAUAGCAGAAAAGAUUCAAGAUUUGGAGGAAAAGAAAGAUUUGGUUGUUUCUAUUCAUUUGGCAUGGCUAAGACACCUUACAAAUGAGUGUCCUGCAUCUCAAGAAACCCAACAGUUUAUCAACUGCUUUGAGAGUAAUUUGAUGCUAGGCUUUCUUUACAACGAAGGAGAACAUUCUUUUUUGGAUAUUGUUUGGCAUUACUUGGUUGAUAGGGCACCCCGUAUUGCGUUGCAUGUGUUUCAUUCUGUGAUACGUUCUGUAUGUGAUGAGAAUAUUCUGGUUCAGAUAGAAAGGCGAAUCGUGAACUCAUUUUGUUGGUUAUCUACCUCAUGCUAUACAAUUUUAUUUGAUGACAGUGAAUGUGUAUUGGGAUCACAGAGCUUCUUGAGAUAUAAGAUUCUUAUGUUGCCUAUUCAAAUUGCAGAUGAUAGGAAAUUUUCUGAAUUCUAUCAUUUACGAGACUGUAUUCUGCAAAUGUUCUUAAUGGGGACUUGUGGUUAUUUUCAUUGUCUUUCAUACUAUCUUCAUACUCACAACAUGGCGUUGGAUAAUGAUAUUGAUGAGGAUGUUUGGCUUGCUGAAGUGGAUAAGGAACAGUUAGCCAAGUUCUGGAAGCAGAGCUUUCAACUAGUCUCCAAAUAUGUCGUUCCUGUUGUUGCCAAUCAUUCAUUUCAGUAUUGUGUAGAAAAACUGCUAAGUUUGAGACUCAUAUCAUCUCGUUUGAAGGCACAGCUAGUGGAGAAAUUAGUUGUUUUAUUAUAUUGUAUGAUUGAAUACCUUCCCUUAGAAACUAGCCUCGUGAAAUCAGCGUUAUCGCAGAUUUGCAUCGGUUUGGACGACUUGAAUGUGGUAAGUUACAACUGGUUGACUUUGGUAAUUUUGCCUGGUAUAGAAGUGUUUUCAAACCAUUGUCCCGAAUUGUUGGCUUUCUUGUGGAGAGUUGGAUGGACAUAUUGGAAUAGCGUUUCGUAUUCUGUUGGUGUUGAGGAUGACAAAGAAACGAAAAUUGCAUGGAUGCGUAUUUACAUACAUCUGAUGGCUUCAUCAAACAUAGAUUCUCAGCAAGUUGGUACAAGUAACCAGAAAGGUUAUUUCGAGUCGUUGAUUAUACAAAUUGCCAUCGAUAUGAUAUUAACUUCUGCCUAUGAAGAAAAUGAUGAAAAAAUGCUCGCUUUGCAAAGUGACUUGUUGAAGCUAGCAAAGAAGAAUGAAACACUUUACAAAAAAUUCUAAAACAUGCUACUAAAUAAUAACAUUUGU